CGUCCUCCUGCAUAGGAUCUCCUCCUGCUGUAAUCUGAAGGUUGAGUACCAGAGAAGCUUCCAGACGCUCAGAGACAAACUGAGAGAGAAGCCCGAAAGCAGACAGUUCGACUUCAGUGAGAACCUGAUCUUCGGGAAGUUUGAUGCUUUCUGCCGCCGUCUGGAGAAGAUCGCCGACAUGGCGUCUUCCCUGGAGAGUCUGGCUGCCCUGCAGCACCUGAAGGUGGAGGGCGCCGAGAAGAUCUACGCUCGCUACCAGAACAUCGUCAUGGCGACCACGUCCAAGACCUACGACGUCCUGGACCACCGCAGGCUGGAGUUUGACAGUGACUACGCAGACUUCCAGCUCCAGGUGCAGAGCUUGUUCCAGUCUCUUGAGUCUCUGCUGGACUUCUGGUUCCAUCAGUCCCUCACUGUGAGUCCAACACGACACAAGCUAGAGAGAAUACAGCUUUAA